AUGCCAAAUGAGACCUCAACCUCUUCGGAGCUUUUGGCCGAAGACUUGGAUAACAGGCAGGAAGCACCUCAAGAUGAUGUGAUUACCUUGCUUGAUCAGGUUACACGGCAACAUCCUCAUCGCGAUGCAGUCGAGUCGAUGCAUCAAAAGAGUCUUCUUGGCAUUGGGAAUGUGCGAUGGUCUUUCGCUCAACUACAAGAAGCCAGCGUUAAAUUAGCAGCUUCUCUUUCUACGGUCGGGGUUCAGCGCGGGACUCGAGUAGCUGGCUUUCUCUUUAAUCAAGCUGAAUGGCCUCUUGUCUUCCUUGCAACGAUCAGGUUAGGGGCCCAUUUUGUUCCUCUUGAUCCUCGUAUGUUGUAUCGGCAAGACGAUGCCAGAUAUAUUCUGGAGAAAGUCGAAGCGCGACACAUUUUCGUCUCCGAAAAAUCCAUGUCGGGUGCAGUCGACAGCAUUUUGGCUCACUGUCUUGAGGGAUCGAUUUUCAAAUGCAUUGUCUCUACUACCAAAGGCACUGAUUUCCCAUCUGGAUGGAUCGCCUUGCCCGAGUUGAUGGAGACGGUACCAGAGUUAUCUCCCCCAAUCACGCAUCUGGCCCCGAACGACAUAAUAUUGUUACUAUGCACUAGCGGCACCACUUCUCGGCCCAAGGUCUGCCCCCACACUUCCAUCACCAUCGCCACUCCUGCGCUGGCCCUGGCCGACCACUUUAAUAUCACGCCAAAUCAGCCUCUCUGCCAACAUUUGCCCUCAUUUCACGUAUUCAGUGUAGUGAUGACACUGGCAUUCUGGCUGUCAGGGGCAACUGUGAUAUUUCCCAGUAUCUCCUUCGAUGCCGCAGCUUCAUUCAACGCCCUCAAGUCGAAUUUGCAAACCCAUAUGCCAUGUGUUCCAGCUAUGGCGCAAGCCAUGAAGGCAUACGCGGUAUCUCAGGAUCAUGCUUUACCAGCGCCAUAUCACAUCAUUCUUGGCGGUACUUCUAUAUCCCCGGAUGUGGUGGACAUAUGCAGGACCUUGGGGACACAACGAAUUACCGCGGGCUAUGGCAUGACUGAAGGAGUCGCGACCUUGAUUCAUGCCAUGGGCUCAAACCAAUCAGAUGUUGUGGACGGCUAUGUAUGUCUUGGAAGGGCCAUUGCAGGGGCAAAGUUGCGCAUGUGUCGUUUCGGGACCAGAGAUACUGUGCAGCGAGGUGAGAUAGGCGAGCUGCAUCAAGGAGGCCCUCCUGUUAUCUCGGGCUACCUGAGUGCCACUACUGAAGACAAUGCCUGCUGCUACAGGGAGGAUGGUGUGAACUGGUGUGCUACCGGGGAUCAGGGCUACAUGGACAGCCAGGGAAGAGUAUACCUGCUCGGAAGAUACAAGGAUCUCAUCAUCCGUGGCGGAGAAAAUAUUUCUCCUGCAAAAAUCGAGCAAUGUUUGCUCAAGUUUCCUCACAUCCAUGUGAGCACUUUCCACAUCCACAUGACAUGUUUCCAUUUUUAA